AUGCCUUUUGUAGCCUCCACAAGCAAGCAACCUACAGCAGUGCUGGGCGCCGUUUCCGGGUUCUUUUUGGGCAAAGAUGAGUCCUUAGUGCUUUUGAAUCGACUGAACUUGCUUUCGCUCUACAGCGAGACGGAUGACUCGCUCGAGCACCUUAGUGACUUUGCGCUGUUUGCGUCUCUGAAGUACAUGGAGGCCCUGCCACUGUUCGAUUCCAAAGGCUCUGGCAGACAUGUAGUUUUCCUGUUUUCUAUCAAGCAGGAGGUUGCCAUUGUGGCAUUUGAGCGCAACGGGGCGGGAACUAUUGAAAUGGUAACCUUGUUCCACGGCGACGUUGACACUUGCUUUUACCAGGAGCGGCCGGAUAAGACAUUCUUGUGCUGUUCAGGGGUUUACCAGACACUUCACGAUGACCUUCUUCCUGUCGUCACGUUUUCUAUUCACAACGGAAGUGUUUUUCUCUUCGACGUCGCCGCUGCCAUUGCAGCCUACGGCGGGAAGUGCAAGAAUGCAUCUCAUCUCCUCAACACCCUCUUCUCCCCUGAGUACGCCCAAAAUGUGUUGAGAAAGCAGAAGAAGCAAACCCUUUUCACCCAAGGGCACCUCAGCGCCGCGGAGUUGGAUGUGCGGAGCAUGGCCUUUGGGCCCAACCACAGCGAAAAAAAUACAGCUGCUCUCUACCUUCUUUACGCGGAUGCUUCCUCAAAGGCGCACGUGUCUGAGUAUUCCAUUGAGCUUGGUAUGAACGCGGGUCAGGGUAGUGCACAAACGAAACCCGCAUGGCCGUGGCUACCAGACACCGUGGGCAUAUCUCCCAGAGGCGAUAUUUUUACAAGGAGGACCGUGUUUUUGGCAAACGUCGAAACGAAUGCAUGCCUCCUACACGUGAACGCCGAUGGACUGUUUGUACUCGGGCCGCAGUUGAUCACGUUUGUUUCUUUGAAGACGGUGGUGACCCCGUCGACGUUGUCUAAACACGUCACUACGCUGGCGUUCCCCCCGUUUAGUGCCUACGUGGAGCCCGUUUGUUGCGCCUCACUUCCCACCCGAGAUUUACUUAUUUUGUUUUGGGAUGGAAGCUGCAUUAAAACCAGCGUAAAGGAAGAAGCUGAGAGUUUGAACCCAAGCAAAAUAGUGCUGGUGAAUUUCACCAUGCCUUCGCUGCGCACUAUACCAAACUCGCUUGUACUUCUUCCUCGGGGCCACUGCGUCGUAGGCUCCCGCAUGACGCAUACACUUUGGUUGAAGUGGUUCACCGGGGAACGUGGGGUUUUGCUGGAGAAUUGCGGACCAAUGUUUGACCUGACUGUGGCGGUCGAUGGCCCUCGCAUAAGCGUCGUCGCGAGUACCGGUGUGGGCCUUAGUGGCGGCUUAAGUCUCCAACGGUCCGCUGUUAACAUCUGUCAGGAUGCUUCCAUGGUCAACCUUUCAGAUGUUACCCGCGUAUGUGCUGCAGGAGAUGCUAUUAUUCUCUCUUUCCCUGGGUAUAGCCGAGUUUGUCAGUGUCAAACAACGCCAACUGUGAUUGUUCAAGAGCUUUCUGAGACGCCGUUUGACAGCGCAAACGAGACUCUGACACUGGUGUAUGACCCUGAGCGAGACACAUUUGUGCAAGUGACCUCAGUUGGGGUGAACGUUGUGAAGGGCGGUCACGGAGAGUAUAUAUUUCGCAACGAUGAAGUGAGCAUCCACCACGCACAUGCGAAUGCCGAUUUGGGAUUACUUGUGUUUUCAAGCGCACGAUUUGUAUCCGUCUUGGAUGUCACUACACUUCUUCUUAAGGCGUCUAUUGAGCUGGAAAAUGAGGUGGCAUGUCUGGCGAUUACGUCCUUGUACAGUUUUGUGGUUGGGGAGUGGAACUCUGGCGCCGUUUGCCUCUACGAUGUGCAGGACGGCCAUAUUGUAUUAAAGGGUCGGACGCUCUGCUCUGCAACCCCGUGUUCCGUGUGUGUUCUCUCACAACUUCAUACUUCCCGCCUCGUCGUUGGGUUGCUGAAUGGAUGCAUCGCUGAGAUUCCUUUGGAGGCAAUGUCAAUGGGGGGUGCAGCGCAGGAAACACUGAUUAGGAUGCAGCCGGUGCAACUGUUUAAUUUGGAAAGCCAUAAUGCGGUUCUCUGCCUUGGCGAAGUCCCGCUCAUCGCCAUUCUCUGCGAUACAGGCUUUCAACUCACUGGAGUUGAUUUUAAUGAUGUCGCGGCCUGUGCUGUUAUUGACAACCCCCGCAUUGCCUCUAAAUACAUGUUCUUUUCGCGCAGUGAAAAAACCCUUGUGUUUGGAAACAUUGUGGAUCUAAAAAAUUAA